CUGACAGGAGUCUGCAGAAACUUCCUGUGGAGGAGACAGUGCUGGGGCUCCUGCAGAGAGCCUGCCUGUUAUUGUUUACCGUCACAAUAAUGUAAAGUAGGUCAUGUAAAAAAGGGAAACCCAGCUAGCCGCUCAUUCAGUUGUAAUAAAACAACUAUCUAGCUUUAAGUGGCAUCACGGAACUACGUCUCUUCGCUGCUGUCAGGGAUUUCCCGCGAACAACAGGCAGGAGCUGGAUUGAUGCUGCUCUGUCAGCAUCUGGACUGAUCCUGAAGUGUCUCAGUUGCUGCCAUGUCCAGGAGAAGCAGGAACAGUCGUGCAUGGCGAUAUGUUUGGGGUGGGAUACGACGAGAUGCUGAUGCCCGGGCACUUGAAGAAUGGAGCUAUGACCGCUUAGACUACAGUGAUUCAGACUCUGAGGCAGACUUCUCAGCAGUGAUGGUGCCUCCCGUCCCCAGCGCAGUGCCUGUCACCGGAGAGUCCUUCUGUGGCUGCGACUCCCAGGCAGAGACAAACUACAACCCUCGUCUGCGAGGCUUCCACCAGGUUAAAGACUGCCACUGUGGAGAGGAGGACCAGGAGUUUGACUGGUUCUGGGAUGUCAGCAGCAGAUCUACAGCAACAUUGCUGAGCUGCGACAACCGCAAAGUGAACUUCCACUCUGAGUACAGCUGUGGCACGGCAGCCAUCCGCGGCUCCAAAGAGCUGGCAGAGGGCCAGCACUUCUGGGAGAUCAAAAUGACGUCCCCAGUGUACGGAACAGACAUGAUGGUUGGCAUCGGUACCUCUGAUGUCAAUCUAGACAAAUUCAGACACACGUUCUGCAGCCUGCUGGGAAAAGACACAGACAGCUGGGGUCUUUCUUACACAGGCUUGUUGCAUCACAAAGGAGACAAGACAAACUUCUCCUCCCGGUUCGGACAGGGGUCCAUCAUUGGAGUCCAUCUGGACACGUGGCACGGCACACUCACUUUCUUCAAAAACCGCAAAUGCAUAGGUGUUGCUGCCACGGAGCUACAUAACAAGAGGUUUUAUCCGAUGGCGUGCUCCACGGCAGCGAAGAGCAGCAUGAAGGUGAUCAGAUCGUGCUCCGCCCCCACCUCCCUGCUCUACCUCUGCUGCGCCCGCCUGCGCCAGCUGCUGCCGGACUGCAUCGACACCCUGGACGUGUUGCCGCUGCCCCCGGGCCUUCGUCAGCUGCUACACAACAAACUGGGCUGGGUGCUCAGUCUCAAUAACGGCAGCACAGAAGAAACCCCCGAUGGGCCAGAGCCUGCGUUGCCCGACCCCCCCGCUGCCCGGACCGCUGUCCUCUGAGAGUGACUCGGAGGAGGGCUGUACGCCCGACCUGGAAGCCUGUCAGAGGAAGAGAUGCCGCUGGACAUGAUGGACGGCUCGACUCCUACCUCUCCUUAAACACUGGCUGAGUGUUUCCUGCCUGCCUCCAGCUUUCCUCAACAUCUGAAGAAAGGAUCGGAGCGGUACGUAGGUGGAAAGCUGUGACGGCGGUAUCUCUGCCCGCACGAUCUUACUGUGAUCUUCCUUCACGCCGUUCAGAUGUCUCCAUGCUCGUUAUUAUCCAAACCAGCUUCAGUAAUACGUGAAAAGGUGUGGUGUUAUUUCGUUAGCUAGCAUACGUUGUUGCCAUUCAUGUAUGAGGAGUGCAGGAACCGACUGUACAGUGUAACACUGAAGUCAAGUAUGGCCACAUUUUGGUGGUCAUCAUGGUAUAUUUGCACAAAAAAAGAGGGUUUAAAAAAAGAUACUGUAUAUUUUCACAUGUAUGCAAUUUAUGUAUGUUGUUCUCAAUGCUACCAAUGCAUUAUCCAAGUCAUCUGUUACAUGUUUUACUGGCAUCUGCAGUUUUUUGUCAGAUUGCCAAAUCAAAGUGGAGAGACACACUUUAGGUCAUAGAGGAUUUUUUAUUACUUACCCUCAUGUUACAGCGCUAAAGGUAAAACUGUCCAAAAUGUUAAGACAGAUCAAAAACGUAAGAAAUGUUUAAUGUAGGUUCAAGAACCCGAAUGUAUUUUAUAGCUGUUAGCGCUCCAAAAAGGGGCAUCAAUCAUCUCCAAUCAACCCAUACACACAUGAUUCCUCUUUCUAAUUAUCUAGUUCAUGUUACAAUUUAAAUAUUUGUUACACUUUUGGCAACAUCCAUCCGUCGCCAGCUUUUGUAAGUCUCCUGUUGUAUUCUCAUGCUAGGUGUUAUUUUUCCUCUUUUCUAAAAGAUAUAAGCUGUAUACAUAAUAAGUGUAGCUCCUUUAAAUCUGAUUAUGAGACAGAAUGCCACUCAUAAGAUACGCACAUUUAAGGUAGGUUCUCAUGGCUCUUUCUCCUUAUAGGUUAUUUAGACCUUUUUUGAAAAGUACGUUUCUUUCAUUGAAAAAGUCUGUGAUUAUAAGCAGUUUCGUGCU